AUGCAGCAGGAGCUCCUCUUCAAAGUGCUGGUGAUCGGGGACCUCGGGGUGGGAAAGACCUCCAUCAUCAAGCGCUACGUGCACCAGAUCUUCUCCCAGCACUACCGGGCCACCAUCGGGGUGGACUUCGCCCUGAAGGUGCUGCAGUGGGACUCCGACACCGUGGUGCGUCUGCAGCUGUGGGACAUCGCAGGACAGGAGCGCUACGGGAACAUGACUCGGGUCUACUACCGGGAGGCGGUGGGAGCUCUGGUGGUGUUCGACGUGACGCGGGCCUCCACCUUCGACGCCGUGCUGAAGUGGAAGGACGACCUGGACUCUAAGGUGACUCUGAACCACAGGAGGCCGGUUCCCGCCGUGCUCCUGGCCAACAAGUCGGACCAGCUGGCGUCCCAGCAGCCCAAACUGGACUCCUUCUGCAGGGAGAACGGCUUCGUGGGCUGGUUCGAGACCUCCGCUAAGGAAAACACCAACAUCGAGGAGGCGGCCCGCUGCCUGGUGGAGCACAUCCUGAACAACGAGGAGUGUCCAGCGGUGGUGGAGCGAGACCCCGGCUCCCUCAUCCUGUCCGGAUUCAGCAGCAGCGCCAAGGAGCACCUCAACUGCUCGUCAUGUGUGAAGUGGUGA